UUUACUUAGCAUCCCCCAGAAUCAAAUGUCUCUCUGCAGUCUAAAAGUUCAAAGAACACAAUAAUAUACACAACCCAGGCUCUCUGUGCGUAUUACAUCUUACGUGUCUUAUUUUUCUUCACUCCUUUAAUCUAUCACUGUCUGUACUCCUUUCUAUUACUUUUACUGUCUCUUUAAAGACUUUGUUUUAUUUUUAAAACCAUUUAUUUGUUUUUAUAACUGUCUAUAUUCUUUUUUCCUGUCUCCCAAGCCUAUGUACAUUUUUAAAAACAUACUAUGACCCGUUCAGAAUUUUAUUUCUGUCUGAAUCUGUCUUUAGUGAGUAUCUGUAAACGUUUUCUGAGCAGGAGUGCCCCCUUUUAACAAAAACAAUGCUAAGCAGACAUGGCUAGGCUUAGGCUCACGUUGUCAUGUGACUGUACUCUGAUUCGGAGUGACCUAACAGAAAUUCCUCUGAAGUCCUUAAUGUCUGUCUGUCUUGCAGGAGGGAGCUCUCCUGUUUUGGAGUGAAGGUGGCUAUUGUAGAGCCUGGAAGUUUUAAGACUACAGGUUCCAGUAGUGACCGGCAUUUAUGUAGUCUUAAGAUGCUGUGGGGCCGGGCCAGCUCAGAAAUCAAAGAGAUCUAUGGCGAGAAGUUCCUGGCAUCCCAUCUGACAAUGCUAAAGUCACUGGACCAAAGGUGCAAAGAGAACCUCUCCUUGAUGACGGACUACAUGGAGCAUGCGCUGACUUCCUGUCAUCCCCGGCUUCGAUACUCAACUGGUUGGGAUGCCAAGCUUUUCUUCAUCCCUGUGAGCUACCUGCCCACCUGUCUUGCGGAUGCCUUCUUCUACUGGACCUCCCUGAAGCCUGACAAAGCUCUGUGAAGCCUGCAUCUGUUUCCGUAGUUGGGGGUAUAAGAGUGCAGUGUGAGGGAGAGGAUCCUCGGGAGAAGGCAGAUGCUGGGCUCGGGACAAACUUGUCACUGGAGGGGGAUUCACAGGUGCCUGACUUGUCUUUCUUCCGUGUGAGCAUGGAGAACAUCGAGCCACAGGAGAAACUGCUGUCUGUACAAUGAUUCCAAUUUUGGUAAAAACACAAAAUUGAUCUUCCAUGUAUCAUCCAUUUUACUUAUUUAAAUUAAAAAAAAUUUUUAUUUGUCUGUC